AUGACUCACCCUUCCCUGGGGAGCAAAUUUCUUGUCGACAAAGUGGGAUUUGUCGACUUUACCAGCCACUCUGAAGAUGGACUUGGUGUGCUCGGCCGCCUUUCAAGAGAGAUUCGAGAAAUGGUCUACGGGUUUCUGGGCUCAUCGCUCCACUGUCACAGCUUGGACGGCAGGUGCGAAAAGCAGACAUACUAUGCUCUACGGAUGUUGCAGGACUUCGCAAUCAUGAAGACGAGCAAGCAGAUCUGUGUCGAGUUUCUGGAAGCUUUCGUUCGCCAGACGGUCUUUGUCACGUACCACGAGUUCCGUGAUUGCUCUGACAGCCACUUUGAAACGUUCUUGCGUUACUUGAAUCGACGAAUUCGGAUCUUCCCAAACAUUCGACAAAUCAGCUUCCGUAUCGACACGGUGAUACAUAAUGACCCGGAGCACGAGAAGUUCUUCAAGUCCGUGGCUAGGAAUUCAAAAAGGUUGUGGUGUAGUCAUGAGGACCACAACAUCCCUUCCGGCCGGCUCUUUAUCGCCACCCAACAAACAAAUCCAGCCGAACUCAUCGAUGAUGCCCUUGGGAAUAUUCCAGGAUACUAUGAUAACCCGGAUGCUGUGGUGAUGUGUGACAACAUCGAUGUCAAGAUCUUCCCAUCUGACCGGAACAAGUCGCUACGCUCACUGGAAAACGCCACUGCUCAAUGGCAAGACUUCUUCUGCGCCGCGUUCCUUUCGAUAAUGGAGGAUAUGGCUAGUCGUUAUGACCCAUUAGACGCUUUUAUCAUAGAAAACCAAUUGCGCAGAGAUGUAGCCGGACCGCAACAACGGCACGAGGCUUUGAUGAAACGCCAUGAUGCUCUGAUCCACCAAGCCGCAGAUUUUUGGACAGCUAUGGAGGAGCAGUACAGCGUGUAUCAUCUUUUUGACCUUGCGGAAUCAUGA